AGUCAGCUCAGCUCUAGCAGAACGAAAGUCCGGUUCGGUCCGUUUAGCAAAAUUUCUUUUCGGCUUUUACCUCUCGAGUGAAAGGUUGCUCUUGCUAUUGGUUAAGAUAUUUUAAUUUCAAUUAAUGUCAAUUAUCGAACGAGAAUAAAUAUGAACACCAUUUACGUACGAUGCCCUUCGAUGACCACGCAGUCGCUGCACCAGCAGUGCCUGUAUCAUCAUCGCAAUGGCAACGAGGUGUUUGUGCAGGAGCAAUUCUCGCAGAGGGAGUUCAUUACCCAACAUAUACAGCCAACCGUGUUCGUAAAUAGUCCGGGUCCUUUUGGUACCUAUGUUGCGGCACCGGCACGGCCACCCGUGGCAUACGAUGCGUACUCGAGUCAAUUCGCCUUUAGGCCGACAGUUAGGGGGCCACCGCCAGUCGGUUAUUAUUGUGUCAAUGGGUGUGUCAAUGCAGCGGCAGCCUCUUCGAGUGGGCGGUAUUUUUGUCAUCCAGAGCAACGACCUUGCCCCUAUCCGUCCGGAUUCAGCGGCCCCACCACACAAGAGAGCUAUGGGACCUAUUCGUCCGAUUCCAGCUCGUCACCACCGUCGACGUAUUAUAUAGCUUCCCAGACCCAAACGACACCCAUCAUGUGCACAGAUGCAGCCACUCAGUCGAACAUGGACUUGGAAAAGCCUGCUGGAUCCAAGGAAAUGCCUCAGAACUUUUCCAUGGACUCCGAAAACCCUGAAGCAUCAUCGACCUUCAUUUCGAUGGUACGUUGGGCUGCGAACUUUAUAAAUAAACUGGCCGAUGCCCAGGGCGAACGUCGUAACUCGGAGAUGAAGCUACCGGAUAAGCAUAUGUCGGACAUCAUUCGAUUGGCUAUCCAUGGCACCAAUAUAUCUGAAGCUGUGGCCAAUACCCACAGCACUCGUCCGUGCUUCAAGAAGAUCGACUCUUUGUGUGUCCGCCUCAAGCAGGAUCUGUUGCGUGUGGAUGGUGUGCUGGCCAACAUUAAUUCUCAGGGGAUUGCCUGGGCUGUAAAGGAUUUCAUCUUCUUAUUUACACGCAUCAUGAGUGCUUGGACCAUACUGAAGAGCUAUCUAUACAACGAUACGGAUGGCAUUAAGAAAAUCAUUGAUAUAUUGCCAAUGGGCUUUAUGCAGGUCUUUAAUACCUGGCAAUUGGCCACCAUACCAAUGAUUGAUAUGGUCAUUCAAAGCAUUGUUAUCCUCGAUGCGGGUGCGCGUCCAAAGAAUGCAUAUAGCGGUAAUGGCGGCGGCGGCGGCGGCGACGAUAAUAGUCCUCCUGGGGGAAAUCGUGGCGGUCAUAGCCCCACUGAUGGUGGCAGACAUAGCUCUCGAAGCCGUCAUAGUCCUCCCAAUGGCAAUCGAAGCCGACAUAGCCCUUCGAAUAGCAAUCGAGGGCGUUUUCAGAGCGGGGAUUCACCGUCCCACUAUGGCAGUGCCAACUGUACACCUCGCCUGGAUAAACCCCCCACUGUUGAGCAGGGGGCUGAGGCAGGAGCCGAGGCAGCUGCUCCGAUUAACAAACCUAAGAGCUAUCAGAAUCUCAUUGAUAUGUACACGAUGGUCGAAAACUCUGAGGAUACGCAGUGCCAUGUCGAUGCGAAUGGAACUUAUUUGAAGGCUGGCACCUAUCAGCCGCCGCAGAAGGAACAAAAGACGGAAACAAAACCAACCACGUCAGCAUUUUUGAUGCGCAUGCCACCAGGAUUUACGCCAAUGCCACAUCUGCAGGGAAAGUCCAAUAAAACGGUGGCCGUGGCCAAGCCCAAAGCCAUGCAGGAUUCGGCUGAAACUAUGCGCAAGCAAAGGACCAUUCCUGAAAACGCUCCUCAUUUCAUUGCUAUGGGCAAUGCUUUGCCCAUUUAUUAUAGGAUGACUGACAAUGCUAAUCUGCCUUCAAUGCCAAUGCCAGAUCUUCGUUCGGCUGUGAAGGAUGCUGCACCGGCCAACCUAAAAAAUGCGGAUGAUACAGAAAAGGCCAAGCCCAAUCCCCUGCUGAAAAUCGAUCCUUAUGUGCCCUGCUAUGGUCCUAGUCCUUCGAGUCCACCAUCGACACCUGAACUAGAGACCUGUGCGAUGGGAAAUGAUGUUGCAGACACACCGUGGGAGGAAAAUGCUAAUCAGGAACUUUAUCCUUCUCCGGAAGAAGGGCCAAUGACUAAUCCGGAGACUAUAAAGAAAAGUCACGAUAAAGUAGAUGAAGUAGCGGUGAAAGAAUUGGAACCACAGUAUUUCGAUAAGAACACCAAAGUCCAUAAUCAGCUGAUGCUGGAUCUUGAACCAUAUGCCUCAAUGCUGCGCCUGGGACCCUAUGUGGCGACCGACAGUAUGCUAAAUAUUAAGCACUUUAUGAAUCUCUACAGUCCCAUCAACACCGAGGUCACACGUGAUCUAAUCGAGCUAAAGGAGCGCGUCCUGGAACUUAAGAACGUGGCGCAUUUCUUUCAAAAGCAGUUUAUUCUGAACUAUUAUCCACAUUUUUUUCGACAGUGUCACGGUGAUUUCAUUGAUCUAAGAGAGAUUAUACUCAAUUGCGAGAGCGGAAUAUAUCAUCAUACCUAUCAGGCUGUGCAUGAUCUACGACGUAUUGUAUUUGUGGCCCGUUGUUAUCUGAAGUAUUUCCAUUUGAGUGUUAUUUCUGAUUUUCUGCUGCUCCAGGAAGAGAAACAAAACAAUAUGUUACGCGGUAUCCCAAGGUAUAUAUCAACAAAAGGCUUAGCAACUAUGUCGACUCGUACGAGUCAUCUGUGUUCGAAAUGUUGUCCAAGCCACCGCAUCAGCCGCAUGAACAUGAUCAUAUUAUUGGCAUACCAGGCGAGAAGGUCUUCAACUACAUGAUAUUGUAAGUGGGAGCGGGGAAAAACCAAAGCGCCGUUGAAAGUUAUGAAUUUUAGUUAAGCUUAGUUUAUAUUAUUUUAUUUUAAUUUAGUUUGUGUGGUUUGUGGUUUUUUAUUUGAAAAAAGUAAAUUAAAAUUGCACAGUUAUUUAAGUUAAUUAAUUCAAAAUUUAAAAGCAACAAAAUUUCUUUAAAGCAUGCCCAAAUGUAUACUGAAAAUUUUCACUCUUUUAUAUUGCUUGUCAACGUUAUAGUUUUUCAAUUAAAACACGCGUUUACACUAAGGGUAAAAUUAUAAAAUGUAUAGAAAAAUAUAUAUUAAUUAUACUAAGACACGCGUCCAAAGACCGUUAAACCAAAGAAUAUCGAGGUGGAUCGCGUGAAUUCUGCACUCGCGCAACCAUUCGUGCAGACCCUCUUUAAAUAUUUCUUUCAGAAUUAAUUUCAAUUUAAAGGUUCGAAAAAUUCUUUUAAAUUGUUGGGCCAAACAGUCCAAAAGAGAGCCAUUGAAACGAAUCAGUCAUAAGCUGAAAAAACUAACACAGAGACUCGCUAUUCCUGGAUCAAUAUAAGGAUCAACAUGUCGCGUCACGGAGCGUGACUGUACGCGAUCCACCGCGCUUUUCUUUGAUUUACCGACCGGUCUUGUAACAAAC